UUUUAUUUCCAUCUCCCAACUUAUCUAUGGUAUCUUGGUACAUUCCCAUUUUUUUUCUAUGGGUCUUUCUUAUUCGUGUAUUUGUGAGAGCGUGUCAGUUUUCGUACCCGAAAAUGUCGUCUAAAGUGUCUCGUGAUACACUUUACGAAUGUGUUAAUGCCGUAUUGACAAAUGCCAAGGAUAAAAAAAGAAAGUUUUUGGAGACAGUCGAAAUUCAGAUCGGUCUGAAAAACUACGAUCCGCAGAAGGAUAAGCGUUUUAGCGGCACCGUCAAACUAAAGCACAUACCUCGACCAAAAAUGCAAGUAUGUGUUUUGGGAGAUCAACAGCAUUGUGAUGAAGCUAAGAAGGAAAAUGUGCCGUUCAUGGACGUGGAAGCUCUGAAAAAGUUGAACAAGAACAAGAAGCUGGUUAAGAAAUUGGCAAAGAAAUAUGAUGCAUUUUUAGCUUCAGAAGCUUUAAUCAAACAAAUUCCACGACUGUUGGGUCCUGGAUUGAAUAAGGCUGGUAAAUUUCCGGGUCUUUUAUCUCACCAGGAAUCAAUGACUCAAAAAAUUGAUGAAGUAAAAGCUACCAUCAAAUUCCAAAUGAAAAAGGUACUUUGUUUAUCAGUAGCUGUUGGUCAUGUUGAUAUGACUCCCGAUGAGCUGGUCCAGAAUGUACAUCUUUCUAUCAAUUUUUUGGUUUCGCUCUUGAAGAAACAUUGGCAAAAUGUUAGGUCAUUACAUGUUAAAUCAACCAUGGGACCUCCUCAAAGGUUAUAUUAAGUGACUUUCGUUUGGUUUUUACAUACUUGAUAUGUAUAAUAAAUGUUUCGGUGAUAGAA